AUGUCGUCAUCGCCAUCAUCAUCUCCGCUUCACGAGCCGCCGCGCGUGCUCUUUCCACAGGAGUGCACCCAUGACACGCACUGCAUGAGCCACACGGGCAACCUCUACACCGCCCUCAUCACGGGAGGAAACAGACUGGUGCUGCUGAAGAACGGUGUGGUACUAGCGCAAAGUUGCCCACUGUUCGACGAAGUGCCGACGGCUGCAGCCGCAGAGACGGCAGUGAGUACCGCGCCCCCAACUACCGAAGCCGCUGCCACCACGGCGUCGAGAGGAGCGACAGCCUGCACACGGGGCGAGUCUGCUCGGGCAUUGCCGGCCUCGGAGUCACACGUGUGCGCUGUGUCUGUGUACCAUUUCACCGAUGAUGUCUUGCGCGUUGCCGUAGCCACGACAACGGACGUGUUUUUGUUUGAGCUCGAUGAUGCCGGGCAGCUGUGGCGCGACACCCGCGCAUCUUCGGUUUGGCGGACAGCAGAGGUCACCAACGCUGUGCACGGCAGCGGGAUACCACCGCCGUCCUCUGCCGCCGCGUCGCCGGGCAAGGCUGGGAGCUCAGCAAGUCGAUGCACAUCCACGCAAGGACGCAGCAACCUUUUCCAAGCAUCGAAUGCAUGUUCUUUGUCCGCCGCGGCGAGGGGCUCUGACCCUAUCACGAGCGGCGAGCAGCUAUCGCAGCGACAGUGCGGCUUCACAGGGCGGUUGCGGUGGAGACGGGUGACAUUCCGCUUGGGCGCGACGUUGUUGGCCACUCACCCUGGGCCGACCGAGGACGGCAACACCUCCUCCUCUUCGACCACCCCAUACCGUGGCGCCGAGCCCACCACUGCGGGCGUGAGACUGAGAGGUGCGAGUGCCGCUGCUGCUGCUGUGCCGGUGCGGAUAUCUACGCCCGCGCAUCCCUCCGUCGUGAGAGCAGUGGACUUUGUGAGCGCGGACACGUUGUGCAUCGUGCUCGACACAGAGGCGGUUCUGAUCGUGCUCGGUAAUAGCCAUGGCGCGCCGGCGCUCCCCUCUGUUGAAGGUAGCGCCGCCGCUGCCGUGCAGCUGCCGGAUCGCGUGGUGUGGCGCUCCAUGGGGGCCUACCGUAGCCUCGCCGUGUGUCGUGUGAAUCACCAUGUUGCCCUCGCAUUGGGCCACGCCACGAUGGCCGUCUUUCCUUCCUGCGUCUUCCCUGCGGAUGAUCAGGCGCCCAUGUCGUCCCCCGCGUCGCCGAUGUUGGUGGACGAGCGCUGCUUCAACCGUGUCGCGUCCACAGCCGCCCCCUCCCUGUUCACUACAAACCCCCCAUCAGGCGGCGCACACGUCACCGAGACGGUGGAGAGCCGCAACUUUGCUGUCGCACCAACGCAGGCCUUCUCGCCAACGUCGCACCCGAAGUUGCUCGGGGACUUUGCUGGAAUGACUGGCCAACCUACAACGACGUCUGGAGCGUCCGCGUCGCCGGCGGCCGGGGCGUACACGACGCUGGCGGAGCGCGCUCUCACCACCUCGGUCGGUAUCUACCACAUCACUGACAUGCAGUGGCACUGUGUCUCAUCGCACACCCUGCUAUGCGUCACGUGUACGCACCCGCAGGAAGAGACGACAUACAUGAUGUUGUACACAGUGCAGUCACUGUCUAGCGUGCCGCGGUACACGAACGUCAUGAGAGAGCACGCCGAUGGCGGGUGGGGCCCGUGCCGAGGCGGGUACGAUGGCGAGGAGCUCGACAUCGUCGACGCAAGCCUCGGCUUGUCUGGCAGGAGCGUCAAGAACAUUGUGCAGCUGGUCCCCGCCGGUGUGAUUGCGCUAGCGUACACCCCGUCUUUACGGAUGGCCGGGCAGCACGCGUACCCGUGCGCGAACGGCAGCACCGCAUUCCCUGUUGGGAACGCAGCAUCUCCCGCGUCCACAGCCGACACGCCGUUGCACCAUCCCUCGCUGCAACCCGAGACACCAGACGUUGCGGCGCUCUCUGUCAGUACGGUGGCCGGGACGACGUGGGGAGGGGCGCCACCGCCGCCCAUUGCCGAGAUGCAUACGAGCCUUGUCCCGAACUUCUCGCACUCUGCUGAGGCCAACUCGAUGAGCAGCCGCAUGGAGUUUGUGCACGUCGAGGGUGACGGCACCGUGCGGACGUCGAGCUACGCGUUUGGGCGACAGAAACACGCAAGUUUUGCCAAGCAGCGCGCCGUCGGGCUGGCUUGUAGGGAGCUGCUGCAGCCUCUCCUGCGCCUUUACAGCUCCCUGGUGAAGGUCACGGUUCUGCCAACGUGGCGUACGCGACCCAUCGAGCUUGGGCACGACACCAGCAAGCAGCCGUGUGCGGUGGAGCUGAUGCUCGGAGCGGCGCGGCGGUAUCGAAUGAUACUGCGCUUCACGAGUGGGGUGGUGCUAGCGGUGAUGGUGGACCUCUCCGCCGCCGUGUAUCGGGUGGAGUGCUUCCUGGCUUUGGGCUGCGCGCCGUUGCUGUCGCUGCGGACCGUGGUGCCUCUGGCAGAGGCGGAGAAGGCGCAGAGGCAGCCGCCGCCGUCAUCUGUUUGGAACUCCGCAGGCUCCUCGACGAUCCUCAUCGCCGGCUUGCUCGGCUUCCCCAAACCUGCACUGCCGAUUCCAUCCGAGACGCCGCUGAGCUUGCCGAAGGCCCUCGCAUCGUUUUUGGAAGGCCGAGAAGAGGGCGCUAAAGACUUGGAGGCCGCGCAGCGGGCUGGCGGCUCUAUCUCAGCCGAUUCGGCAGCCGUCACGCGCGUCGCCUCCGCCACCUCAUUUCACAACGCUGCUCACGACGCUUCGGACUCCGUAGCGGCCGCGAUGCCUCCCCGGACAGUGUGGGCUGUGGCGUUGCUGCAGGUGGAGCCUUCUGGUAUGCAGGCGCGAGUGCUCACGGCGGCGCCGCUCACCGAGGUGCACAUCCCUGGCGUCUCGUUGGUCGGUGCCCAGGAUGGGGGCGGCGGCGGUAGUGACGUGCAACGCGCACGCCAGCAGCCGCGAAGUGCGCAGAUGGCUGCGAGCGCGCGCUCCAUGGCGGCGAGGGAUGUACCGUCAAUGCCACUGACAGCCGCCUCGACUGCUGCAGCAGCGGGCUGUGCGGCGCAGGUGACGGAGGACGACGUCGUCUCCUUCAUGACUCUCAAGUGCCCGGAGAAACUUCGCUUCAUGCCGGCACUGCUGAAGGCGGCUCAGCAGGACGCGGGGCGCUUGCUGGCACAACUCAUUGCCAAGUACGGGACUGUGGAGGAGAGCGGUGAAGCCGUCGGCGUCGCCCAAGCGUCGGAGAAGGAGGCUAGGAUGGAUGACGGGGCGGUUGAAGCCGUGCCGGUCACGUCUCGUCCCCACCCCGUUGUGCCUAGUUUGUCCGUGCUGGCCAGUGGUUGCAUUGGCGCCGGAGGUGAGGUGCUGCUGCUGGUUCGCGCGAACGCGCUCUGCGGUGGCAACAGUGAGGGAGGCGAGGGCGGUGGUGCUGCGGCGCUGAUUCGACUCCGUCCACCAUGCCUCGAGGCACUUGCCCCGGUGCACCACCUCGUGGCUGCCGGCAGCUGUUACAUCCCUUUCGAGCCCGUUGUGGCCGAGUAUGUGCCGGUGCUUGCAGAGGUGCAGCAGCGGUGGUGGUCAGAGCCGCUGCGGCCAGCCCAACUGUCUUCGACGUGCGGAGCUACAUCACCAAGACACUUGGAGGGCUCGGCACAGGAUGCUCGAGAGGCUUUGUGCGCCUGCCAGCGUGUCUCCGCCGCGGCGGAGGAGGCGGCGGUGGUACAGUGCCAGGUUGUACCGGGAUCGCCCGGGACUGCGUACGUUCGCGUACGCAGUCCGCUGUCCCCGGACACCGGCGAGGCGGAUGCGCCGACGGCCCUGCAGCGCCUUUCGCUGCCCUCGACAGUCGACCCGAAGACCAUCACGCGUGUGACCGGCACCCUGCUGGUGAACAACGACGUUGUGAUCGGUGUGCUCUGCCGCACCGCAGAGGACAGCAGUGCCGCUUCCUCCGUCUUGUAUCUCUACGGUUGCCCAGCUGUUCAGUCGCUCGCGGCGCGUGGGGCAGCUGGCGCUGCUGCUACGGCGAAGCCGAGCGACAACCGUGGCGUGGCGGUGACUUGUCUCACUUCAGGCUCUUCCGCGUUUACCCUCGAGGCAACGCUGCCCGGAGUGGACGCCUUCUACCUUAGCGCAAGUGGCGAAGCUGUGCUGCUGCGACGGUGGCCGGUUCAGGUGGGUAUGCCACCACCGUCGGCAGAGAGCGCCGCCGUGCACGGGUCGCGGUUCGAGCGCUGGCUGCGCUGCUUUCCCAAAGAGAGCGACAGCGGCUACUCCUACGUCCAGGACUGCACGUGGUGUCCGCCGUGCGGCACCACCGGCGGGCUGCUCGGGAUCGGUGGCCGUGGCUCGGCAGUCGCUCCGGAAACGGUGACGGCUCUCAUGACUCUGGACGCGGCGGGGGCGUGGGAGGCAAGCGCCGCGGGCCUCUCGGUAGCAGACGCGGCAAGGAUGGGCAGCUGCCGCACGUCCACCCGCCACGUACUCUACGCGACUACCAGCAACUCCUUCAUUCACGUCCGCCAACUCCCCUUGCGCAGCAGCGGCGCCACAGCGAGCGCGUCUGGCAGCUCAUCAGCUUCCGUCGUCGGAGAGGCAGCGCUGCCGCAGUAUCAUCCCGAUAGUGUUAUGCAGCUGGUCGGCAUGGCGCGAUGGAACGCGUUGGCGAAGGUGUUGACGUGCGUCGCAGAAGCGGUGAGGGCGGUGGUGGCGCCGGUGGGGGCUGACGGAGCAGCCUCCACUGUGGAUGAGUCAUGGAGUGUGAUGCUGUUCAAUCAGCCCCCGGAGGAGCUGGCGCGGCGCUUGUGCACCUCGGCCGUGGCGCGUAACUUCCAUGACUCUCCGCAGAUGGCGCAGGACGAGGAGGUGCUGCGUCGGGUAACUCCGCCGCAGCUGUCUGUGGCGGCGUUGCGCGAGGAAGAGAUGCAAGCCAACGCGACGGCACCGACGCCGUCUUCCUCGGUGCCUUGCACGACGGCAGCUGUCCGCCUGUAUGACUUCAGCGCCACCUGCGGCGCGCUCGUCAACGAACUUACCCAACUGCUUCCCCAGGUCACCCUGAGCGGACUGGAUAGCCAAGAGCACUUGAAGUUGCUGUGCAUCUUGCAGGCCUUACGUGACACGUUGCCGCUGAGCCGCAGCGUCGACGAGGCAGCAGCGCGGCACCUCUUCUACAGUCGCUACAUGGGCCUUGGGAGACGCCUGCGGCUGACGAACGUAGACGCGCCAGCUGCUGCCGCCACAGACUCGUGCGCCCCCAUUAACUCCGUGUUGCACUUCGAAGUUGACCGCACCGCCACGGGCGCCCUCACAACGGCAUCGUAUUUGUGGGCGGCCAUGUCCGACUCGCAGUUGACUCUCCUAUCGCUCUUGUUCGACAAGGCAAGGACGGUGUAUGUGAACGGCGACACUGGUGGUGCCGCCGGCGGCCUUGGUGCCAGCGGUGGCGGCGCGUCGGCACAGGACCUGACGUGGGAGCAGGUGAGGCAGUCGGGGGUGGCGUUUUGGCUGCGCUCUGCGGCGGACUUGCGCGCCAUAGCGGACCGCGUCGCUCGCCAUCAGUAUCAGUCGACGAAGGAGCUGACGGACUGUGCACUCAUGUACUGCACGGCUCGCAAGGCGGGCACGCUGGCGGCGCUGGCCAAGGCGCAGAACAACCAGCGGCUGCACGCCUUCUUUAGCCGCGACUUUGCAAACAACGUGCACCAUCGUGCGGCUGCCUCCGCCAACGCGUACGCCGCCAUCAGCAAGAACAUGCCGCAGUACGGCGCUGCUUUUUUCCUGCUGGCUGGUGACGUUCGGAGUGCGGUGCAGGUGCUGCUGCAGCGGUGUCGCAACCCGUCCUUGGCCUUGUUCGUGCUGCGAGCAGCGGGCGACGGCCUGGAGGAGCAGCCGUCGGCAGCGGAGACGGCUCUGGAGUGGUACAUCGCGCAGCGCACGGCGGAGGCGGAGGUGUGUGGUGCGCUGGACAUAUGGGAGCUGACCUGCCUGAGCUGGCUCGACGUCAACCCGCCGCGGGUGUCGCCUGAAGUCGCGGUGCAGCGACGGAUCCGGGCGCUGCAGCGCCUCGCGGCGCACCCCACCGCGCACCCCGAGGCCCUCUGCGCGCUGCGCUACGCCAGAGACUGCGUGGCCGCCCUCGCCUAUCGCGGCGACCAAUUUCUCUCACCAGCUCGUGAGGUGGUGUUUCUGCUGCGGCUCGGUCGCUACUGCUUGGCGCAUCGACUAGGCCUGAAUGGCUACCUGCACUACCACGAUGCGGAGGCGGUGCUGCGGGGGCUGCGGGCAGAAGCAGCAGCGGCGGGGUGCUCUGGUACGCUGCAACGCACAGGUAAUGGUGGGGGUACGUCUCGCAGAGCACCGCCGCAGACGCCGAAAAUGGCGGUGGACUUCAACGCCGGAACACUUCUCUUUCGUGGGUUUGAUGGCAGCGACGACGACGACGAGGGCGGCAGCGAUGACGGUGGGGCUUUCGCGCAUGCACAACAGGGCAGCUCCUCCUCCGCUGUGUGCGUCAGCGCUGCCGACGCCUCUUCGCCAUUGUUCACACUGUCCGAUCGGGCGGCCGCUGCGGUGGAGGCGGAGGUGCAGUAUGUGUACGCCCGCACCGGCGCUAUAGUGCGGCCAGACAGUGACACUGCAAGUAGCGCGGGUGUUACUGCGCACGCUGGCGAGUGCGAGGACAUUCUGCGCUGCAUGCUGCUGAGCUUUACCACUGCCUCGUCCUUCACGAUGACGCCAAACGUGGCGGCUGCCGAUGGUGGUGGCGGGGCAGCAGAAACCGUUCUGAUGCCAUCGCUUGCCACGUUGUCCUUUUCCUCGGAGUCGUCCUCGGUCGGGGCCAACCCGCACGAGCCAUUCCAGCAGCUGCUGACAUCGCUGCUACGUCUUUUAUCAGCCGGAGAGGUCAGUGUGCAGCAGGAACGACGUGCGACGGUGGGCAAGCCAAGCGACAGUAACGGCACCGCAAGCAGAAUCGCGAACGUUGCCCAGGGUCGUUCACCAGUAGCGGUACCGCCACAAAUGCAGCUAGCAGGGACUUCGCUUUCUUCGGCGGUGGCGGCUGCUGUGCCAUCUUUGAGUAUCGCCACCCCUACAGCCGCAGACGGGGGCUGGCACGCUCUGUGCGUGCCCCUGCUUCACUUCCUCCUGAGCAACGUGGCGUUGCAUUGCGCCAACUAUAUCGUGCUGCUCGCCCUUCAGCGUGUCCCCGUCUCUACGGAAGGGGUGCUGAAGGCCGCGGCGCAGGCGAAGCUUCUGUCGGACGACGGUGACGCGCUGCAAGGAGCCAGCGACGCCCCUCCCCCCGCUGUUGAUGCUGCUAUGGCGGCACCGCCGCUCGCUGCGCCCCCAUCCCCGUUGCACCGUCCUCUGACUGCCUUUUUUCAUCUUCUCGUGCACCACAUGAGACGGCACUACCGUGGGGCGUGGGCGGCGGGCGGCGGUCGCCUCGGUGGUAGGCAGGCAUCCACGUCACCGGGCCACCAGCUAGAGGCAGGUGGCGGCAAGGGUUACGUGUGGGGAGUGGCCAACGACGAUGACGCGGAAGUGAUGGCGGGGGAGGAUGGCGCGAUGCGCGGCGGCAGCGAGGACGACGAUCAGGCCCACCGGAGCAUGUUCGACGCGCUUUUUGCUGCUGCGACCGCAGCGGAGGAGUCGAGUAAUCGUGCGGCGCGGGUGUGUCGGACGCCCUGCAGUGCAGGGGCAAGCCGGUGCAGCUUUCGCGCACGGGCCGUCGCGGAUGGCGCCCCCAUCGAUGCCGACGCACCUGACGACUCGAUGCCGCUGCACCUUACAGACUCGGCUCAGGUGUCGCUGCUGCUCUCGUGUUGCCAGGCUCAGCUACACUUGCGGCUUAUGGAGCAUCUCAAGCAGCUGACACGGGCGGAGCUGGACUCGGAGGUGAUUACGACAACUACGCAGCGCGCCAUGGACGCCGGGAUCCUCUAUGCCGAUGCGCUCUCCCUAGAGGCGCAGGCGGCGCUGGUGCAGCGUCGCGUACUGCACUGCACGCUGCUGCUAGACGUGACGUCCCGUUGGAGCACGCUCUCGGAGGAGUGCAUGAUGCGCAUCUACGCAGCGCAGCCGCAGUACGCGCCCGGCCCUUUGACGGACCCCAAUGGCGUUUUCCUAGAAGUGCAGCAGACGGUGAGGCUGAUGCAGGCGGUGUUGGUGGCGGUGCUGGACGCUCCGCCGAGGUAUAUGCAGGCAAGCACUUCUCCAGCGACGGCGGAGGCCUCAGCGGCAACGGAAUGUGGUGGUGCAAAAAGGGCUGGACACCGUGCGCUGUUCGAUUCUGUGAUGCCGCCGCCGCCCAAGUCGUCGACCUCGUGGUUAGAAGACAGCACACUCGCGAUGCUAGAGCUGUGUGCGACACAGCUGGAGCUGUUCUGGACGCUGCCGGCGCCGACACUGGCACAGUGCUGUCAGCUGGCAGCACCGACCCGCGCGGCGCUGGAACUGCUGCAGGAGUCGACUGCGUCACACACGUCUGCGCGAGCGCUGCUGGAGUGCAUGCUGCGCCCCAUGAAGGUAGCAGCAGAUCCCCUGGCGGAGUACAAUCGUUUCAGCAACGCAGGCACGCCUUUCAACGACGCCGCCUCCGCCUCCCAGGGCCUCUUCGUCUUUUCAGCUGCAGCGACACCGGUCUCCUCGUCGCACAUGACACGGACGGCGUCUCCCUCGGCACCUGACUUUACACCGUCGCCGGACGAGCCACAGCAGUAUAACGGCCACACCGGGGUUUACUGCCCCGCACUCUCCUACAUGCAACUGGCGUGGAUGCGGCGGCACCACACGCACGCACUGCUGCGGGGGCUGCUGCUCAUGGUGACGCUGAAUUACGGUCAGGGACAGGGCCAAUGUCCUGUCAGCACCGACCGCCUUAUCCUUGCUCAACACAACCACAGUGUCACCGGGGUCCACUUCGAUGCCUCCAGCUGCGACAGCGUAGUGUGGACGACUGAGUUCGGUACCUCGGUUGGUCACGGCUUCCGCGAACUUCUCGCCGGGGACAACGAGGAGGCGUUGUGGAAGCAGGCAACGGAGCGCAACUUGGCGACGGCCGCCUUUACUCUUGGGCUGACCGCACAGCACGAGCGGCUACGCUUGGCAACAGAGCACGCGGAGCAGCAGUACACACCCGCUGUCAUCGAAGCGGUGGCAGCUAAGUCAGCGCUCGAGAGUCGACCGCGGCUUGGCGAGGCGGCCAACGCGAUGCCGUCCAGCCACCCGCACCUGCCGUUCUUUGUCUCUCGGCACCUCGACGGACACCUCGACCUCUACCCCUUCGCGUCUCCGGAGUGCGUGGCGAGCUUCCGCUGUGCGGCGCGUCACGGUCAAAGCGCAAUGGGGCGUAGCAGCGGCACCCGCGGCGGCGUCGGCACCAGCCACGGCAACGCAUGCGGAUGGCGAGCGUGGGGCGUAGCGGCGGGGCCCACCGCGGCCGUACCGGCACACACCGCGCGGCUGGCUUGCUCUGCCGUUGGUGCAGCUGUAUCCUCGUCGCGGUCGAGCGACGAGGGCUAUGCCGUCACCCCCGUUGCCUUCUCCCCCAACGGCUACAUCAUUGCCGCGGGCCUCUCGGACGGCUCUGUGGCGGGCUGGCGCUUUGCCGCGGCGGCAGUGGAGAGCCCGCCGGCGUUCUUCUUUCCGCCGCUCUUCGCCCCCUUCGGCAUACGCAGCUGCACGUUCUGCGGAGAUCGGAGCUCGCUGAUGGUGGUGGUGGGGGUGGCCAAGGAGCCGCACCAGUAUCGUCACGGCUACGCGACCGCUGACUCGACGCCUUCUCUUGGCAUCCGUGCUGACGCACCACUGUCUGCACUUGGUCAUCCCUUGGUGCCCUCGUCCGUCGCAGCGGCCCCCGCCUCCGCAUUCGCCACGUGGCCCAGCACAGCCGCGAGUUUCGAUGCUGGAGAGAUGGUGGGCGAGAUGCUGAUCCUUGAUACCAUGCUGGGCGCCGGUGCCAUCACAGCUCGGUGCGCGCUGCCCUUCAUACCCUCCUACGCUGUCUACAUCACGUCUCUGCGAGCGGUGCUGAUGGUGUCCGUGGACGGCAUGCUGGCCACGUACGCGGUGGCAACGGGCAGGUUAGCCGUGCUGGGCACGGUGCCCGUCACGACGGUGCUGCGGUCUGCGCUGGGGCCGUCGCUCGGCGCCGACUGCGGUGAUGCCGGCGCGGGUGCCGCGUCGUCUAGGAGGGGCGCAUCGGACAGUGAUACCGUGUACAUCACAUGUGUGGCGCGCAGCAGCUACGACCCACUCGUUGCACUCGGCGUAUCCAACGGCCUGGUACUGCUCCUGCACUUCCGCAGCAUCAGUGCGGCGAUGGCACGGGCGGAGCGGCGCAUCCGAGACGAGGGCGAGGAGACGUUUGUGUAUUACCCACCACGCGCGUUUUCCGCCGGCUCCGACACAACCGGGAGCCGCCGCAGCAAGCGCAGAGUUGCUCAGCAAACGAAAAGUGGCGCGGCUGCAUCGGCCAGCGCGACGGCGCGGGUGACGAGCGAGGUGGCGGCGCCGGCGAUGGGCAGGGAGUUUCUCGCACGGCUUCCAGCAAAAACGAUGUUGAGUGAGGCAACGUACAUGCAGGUGGCGCCGCACAUCAACACCCGGAGCGCCAUCGUGGAUCUCGUGUUUAGUCCGUCGAUGCUGCUGGCCGGGUUGCAAGAUGGGAAGGUGAUGGCGGCCUCGCUCAUCGCGCACGCGACUCGAGCGCGUCUCACGGCCGGCUGUACGAUCCCGAGCGAUUUGCUAGAGUGGCCGUAA